AGCCAGCUAGCCCGCCUGCCUGCCUGCCGUCAGUCCGUCAGUGGCUGCUUCCUUCCGGGGACGCGGAAGGUGUCGGAGGUCGAAGAACGCCGCGUAAAUGCUGCCUUGACUCCGGCGGCGACGACGCGGAAGCAGAGCCUGAGUCGACGAGGUCGGGAGUGCGUGUCGAAAUGGAGACGGACGGGAGUUGAAAAAAAAAAAGAAGAAAAAAGAAGUGUGCGUUUAUUCGGAGCUAACCUGCUAGCAGCGGCUAAGCCCUCCUCCCCUCCCCUCACUCCCCCUCCCCUCCCGCGGCCAGCCAGUUAACGGCAGCCCGCUCUCUCGGUGCGUCUCCUCUCCGCACUGCCGGAGCCCCCCAAAAAUGAAGAAGUUCAACAUCCGCAAGGUGCUGGACGGACUGACGGCGGUCUCCUCGUCGUCGUCGACGGCCGCCCAGACGGGGGCCUGCAAGGAGAGCGACGCCGUGCUGGAGAGUCUGCAGUCGGAGCACUUCCAGCUUUGCAAGACCGUACGUCAUGGUUUCCCGCAUCAGCCGUCCGCCAUGGCAUUUGACCCUGUGCAGAAAAUCUUGGCCGUCGGGACCCUGACCGGAGCGUUGAGGCUCUUUGGCCGAGCCGGUGUGGAGUGUUACUGUCAACACGAGAGCGGCGCCGCCAUCAUCCAGCUCCAGUUCCUUAUCAACGAGGGGGCACUAGUGAGUGCCUUGGCUGAUGACAGCAUCCACCUUUGGAACCUAAGGCAAAAGAUCCCUGCCAUCCUACAUUCCCUCAAGUUCAACAGGGAGAGAAUCACCUACUGCCACCUGCCCUUCCAGAGCAAAUGGCUUUACAUCGGCACAGAACGAGGAAACAUCCACAUCGUCAACGUGGAGUGCUUCACCCUCUCAGGCUACGUCAUCAUGUGGAACAAAGCCAUUGAACUAUCCACCAAGACACACCCAGGGCCUGUCGUGCACAUCAGUGAUAACCCCAUGGAUGAAGGCAAGCUCCUGAUUGGAUUUGAGUGUGGCGUGGUGGUGUUGUGGGACUUAAAAUGCAAAAAGGCUGACUACCGCUACAAUUACGAUGAGGCCAUCCACUCGGUCGCCUGGCACCACGAAGGCAAACAGUUUGUCUGCAGCCACUCGGAUGGCACUCUGACCACAUGGAAUGUACGCGCCCCCGCCAAGCCUGCGCAGAUCAUCACGCCGCAUGGAAAGCAGCCCAAGGAUGGCAAGAAGCCAGAGCCAUGCAAGCCUAUCCUGAAGGUGGAGUAUAAAACAACGAGAGCUGGGGACCCAUUCAUGGUUCUGUCUGGAGGCCUGUCCUACGACACGGUGGGGAGGAGAGCCUGUCUGACGGUGAUGCACGGCAAGAGCACCGCCGUACUAGAGAUGGACUUCCCCAUCGUGGACUUCCUCACGCUGUGUGAAACGCCAUAUCCUAACGACUUCCAGGAGCCUUACGCAGUGGUGGUCCUCCUCGAGAGGGAUUUAGUGGUCAUCGACCUCGGACAGAUUGGCUACCCGAUAUUUGAGAACCCGUAUCCCCUCACCAUUCACGAGUCCCCGGUGACCUGCUGUGAGUACUUUGCCGACUGCCCCGACGAACUUAUUCCUGCACUUUACUCCGUUGGCAGCCGGCAAAAGAGACAAGGUUACAGCAAGAAGGAGUGGCCAAUCAGCGGGGGUAACUGGGGUCAAGGCACACAAAGUUACCCAGAGAUUAUCAUCACGGGACAUGCUGACGGCUCCAUUAAGUUUUGGGACGCUUCUGCAUUGAUGCUGCAAGUGCUCUACAAGCUGAAGACCGCCAAGGUUUUUGAGCGGGCACGCGGCAAGGAGGAGAAGGCCAACACGGAGAUCGUGGACGAGGACCCCUUUGCCAUCCAGACCCUGUGCUGGUGCCCCGAGAGCCGGAUGCUGUGCGUGGCCGGCGUGUCCGCCCACGUCAUCGUCUACAGAUUCAGCAAACAAGAGGUCACCACCGCUGAGGUGCAGCUCUUGGAGGUGCGUCUGCAGUGCGAGCUGAACGACGUGGACUCGCCCGACCCCGGCGGAGAGCAGACCCCCACGGCGUCCCCCCCCAGCCCCCAGGAGACGGAGCCCGCCACUCAGCCCUCCACCGGCAGCAGCUCCUCGGAGGCAGCGCGGGACAACAUGGCGUGCCUGCAGGUGCGUAGCUCCGCCCUGAAGCAGUCUCCAGGGUACCAGGUGGAGCUGGUCAUCCAGCUGCUGUGGGUGAGCGGGGAGCCUCCUCAGCAAAUCACCAGCCUGGCCAUGAACUCCUCGUACGGACUGGUGGUGUUCGGGAACGGUAACGGUCUGGCUGUGGUGGACUACCUCCAGAAAACCUUGCUCCUCAACAUGGGCACGUCGGAGCUCUACAGCCCCUCUGAACCCUACCAGAGGCAGCCUCACUCCCCACGUAAAACCCGGCAGCCCUCUGGAGCGCUGUGCGACCCCGCCGACGGGCCCAACGCACCCGAGGAGCGCUGCAAGUCGCCGACCUCAGGAUCGCCCUCGCCCUCGCCCUGCAAUUCGGAGGACGAGCACAAGCCCAAGUUCCUAGAAAAGGUCAAGUACAAAAGCAGGCGCUUUUCCAAGACGGUUGCCAAUGACUUUGCUAGGAUGUCGCGGAAAAUUAGCUCGUCUAACGAGCAAAAGCCAAACACGGCCAUGAGACACGUUGAAAGCGCGUCUGUUUCGAACUUGCGAGCAGAGUGGCAUUCCCUGCCGUGUCGGGAUCGCGUUUGUCACAGCGACGACGGCAUGACCAUGAGCAGGAAGAGCGUCAAGCUGGUCUUCUCUAGAACAAGCUCAGACGCCAACUUCAACUCCAAGGACAACUGCUUCAGUCGCUCGCGUAGUUCCAGCGUGAGCAGCAUCGACAGAGAAUCCCGAGAGGCCGUCUCUUCCUUCUGCUUCUGCGAGACCUUCCCCAGGAAGUCGGACAGCCCGCUCAGCCCCUGCGUGCUGGUGGGCACCACCCAGGGCACGGUCAUGAUGGUGGCCCUCAGCCUGCCCCCCGGCGGGGAGGACCAGAGGCUCCUGCAGCCCGUCGGCGUCUCCCCCUGCGGCACCGUGGCCAAACUCAAAGGGGGCGUCUUGACCAUGGCCCUGCUGGACGCCACAGGCGCCUUGCUGCCCGCGUCCUACGAGUCCUGGUACGACCCCAACGCCUCGGACGAGGAGAAGGAAAAGAGCAAGCGGCGGAGGCCGGCCUCCCCGCCCUCGUCGCAGGACGGCCAGGACUGCCAGUUUGCGGUGCUGUGCUCGGACAAGCAGGCCAAGGUGGUGGCCAUGCCCUCGCAGACGCGCGUCUACAAACACAACAUCACCGAGUCCUCCUUCGUGCUGAGGGCCGACGUGGUGCAGAUGGCCGGCGCCAACUGCAUCGCCUGUUUCUGCGCUAACGGCCACAUCAUGACGCUCAGUUUGCCGAGUCUGCGGCCUCUCUUGGACGUCAACUACCUGCCGCUGACGGACAUGCGGAUAGCCAGGACCUUCUGCUUCUCCAAUCUGGGUCAAGCCCUCUACCUCACCUCCCCCACGGAGGUCCAGAGGAUCACCUACAGCCUGGACACCUGCGACAACCUUCAGGAGAUGCUGAGUGAGUUGUUUACACCUGUGGAAACACCUGAAGCUCCCAACAGAGGUUUCUUCAAAGGCCUCUUUGGCGGAGGAGCUCAGUCUCUGGACCGGGAGGACCUCUUUGGCGAAACCACCGCCGGGAAGGCGUCGCGCAGCCUGGCCCAGCACAUCCCCGGCCCGGGCGGCAUGGAAGGCAUGAAGGGUGCGGCGUCGGGCGUGGUCGGGGACCUGGCCCGCGCCCGGAUAGCUCUGGACGAGCGAGGUCAGAAACUGGGGGAGUUGGAGGAGAGGACGGCCGCCAUGAUGUCCAGCGCAGACUCCUUCUCCAAACACGCUCACGAUAUGAUGGUGAAGUACAAAGACAAGAAGUGGUACCAGCUCUGAUGGCGGAGCACUGUGGACUCUGUAAACACACACACACACACACACACACAGACACACACCAGUAUGAUCCAGGAGAAGGCGCAGAUACUUUCGUCCCUACUUCUCUCGCCGGGAUUUUUUUUUGUUUUGUUUUUUUGUUCACAGCAUAAAAACGUCACCUCGGGAGCUCGUCUUUUUCAAAACAUUGUUUUUGUCCAACCAACCAGGAGUCAAGUCUGAUGGUCCACAUUGUUAAAACCCCCUCGCCCUUCAAGUGAUGGAGGAUGUCGUGCGAAGGAUGAAGUCGAUUUAGUUUUUUUGUGUCUCUAUCGAAGCACUUAAGGAACAUUUUGGGAUUAUGACUCAGCGGCUGAUGGAUCUCCUACCUGAAAUAAGGGCUGAUAGUUCAAUUGUGGUUCUCUUUGAAGGACAUUAUUCAUCCGGGCAUUACUGACUUGUAUGUAUUUAUUCCAGGCUUAUUGCACACACAGAUGUUUACCGCCCCCUGCUGAGGAUGAGUUUACAUUGCAGACACUGGAAACACCCUGAAGGUAUUGAUCUUUAUAGAGACAACAUUUGAUUAUUGUAUAUCUGGGUUAGCAUUCUUAUUGCCAUUUUUUUUUUUUUAUUAUUUUCCACCUGCCAAAAAAAAAAAAAAACAACAGGAAGGAAGGAAAAAAAACACUCCAGUUGUCGGCCAUUGUGAACAAUAUUUAUCUAAACACUCUCCUGGCUCCUGAUGCACACAAGCUAACCUGUAUCAAUGCUAGUGAUGGGCGAUACCACGCUUUUUUUGGAACCAGAAUCAAUUCUCGAUUCAAAUCAAUCCUCGCAAUGUAUUAUUCGUAGGGGUGUAACGGUACACACUAGAUUCAUCCGCAACCGCAUCACAAAAGUCGUCAACCAUCCGCAUCCACCCGAACUAACAUUUAAUCAAAACCGCACCCGCCCGUUGUUAUAUAUCUAAUAUAGACGAUGCAAGGCAUUAGUGAGGUUAUAAAGCUUUUGCCUGUUAAAGAAAGGAGACUGAUCCAAUGCAGCACAGACAUUCGCGUGCCAC